AUGCCGGGCACCAUUCAAAAGAUCAAAACGGUGAUAGUGCCCAAGCCUCGUCACCGGUUUGCACUGCCUGAUGGCGAGCUGGCUUUUGAAAAUGUCAACCUGGCUGAUAGUAUUCUGCAUGCUGUGCCAUACUAUACCGCAGAUGAUGUCACGGUGGUGAUUCCCACGAUCCACGAAAAUUUUCAUGAGAUUCGGCCCUCACUUGAGAGCAUUCUGGCCACACAGCCGCACGAGUUGAUCAUUAUUACAACGGCCGACAAACUAGAUGAUUUGCUGAGGGUUUCAAAAGCCCUCUCUUCUCCCAGAAUUCGCGUCUUCUGCACACAGUACGCCAACAAACGCAUCCAGGUGUGCGAGGCCCUGCCCAAGAUCACGACCCGCAUCACCAUCUUGGCCGAUGACGAUGUGACCUGGCCAUCGACCAUAUUGCCGUGGAUUCUGGCCCCAUUUGAAGACACCAAGAUUGGAGGCGUCGGCACAUGUCAGCGGGUAAAGAGGGUUAGAGAGGGAGGACUUGGGCUCAGGGUAUGGAACUGGCUGGGCGCUGCCUACAUCGAGCGACGCAACUUUGAGAUUUCCGCAACACACAACAUGGACGGCGGUACUUCUUGCAUGUCAGGUCGGACUGGCGCCUACCGAUCUGAAAUUCUCCAGGACUAUGAGUUCCGUGAGGGUUUCAUGAAGGAGGAGUGGCGUGGCAAGAUCCUCAAGGCCGACGAUGACAACUUUGUGAGCCGUUGGCUUGUUAGUCACCAGUGGAAAACUUGGAUUCAGUACGAGCCGGAAUGUGAGGUUGAGACCACGCUUGAGAACAACAUAAAAUUUCUCUUCCAGUGUCUUAGAUGGGCCAGGAGCAACUGGCGGAGCAACUGGACGAGUCUAAUUAAAGAGUGUUACGUUUGGAAACAGCAAUUGUGGUGCACAUAUGCGCUGCAUAUUGCGACCUUCACCUCGCUUGCCUUUGUCUUUGACUUUCUCAUUUUGGUAGCUUUAUGGAGGGGCACUGAGUGCUGGAACCCGGUCUAUCGGAAGUUUGCUCUUUAUGCGCAGCUCGCCUUCCUAGGAUUUUCUAAAGUGGUCAAACUUGUAGGUUUGAUCCGACGCUAUCCGUCAGACGUCGUUUAUGUCCCCGUGUCAAUCCUUUUUGGAUACUUCCAUGGCCUGAUCAAGAUUUAUGCCGGUCUUACUUUGUAUAAGACCUCAUGGGGAAGCCGGAGUGACGGCGACAUUGACAUACCGGUCGACGUCCGGCCCUUUGUUGCAGAGCACAAUCGCAGGACGUCAAUACCCACCUCCAAACAUAACUAG